AUGGUCCAACUCAAUGCUCUCGCCUUGCAUGGGGCGAUGCGCAGUAUCAGGACUCGACCAGUAUCCUCCCGUCUCCUACAGUAUCGCCAGUUCGCAGCGUCAACUAGACAAGCCAAAGAAAAUCAAUCGUUCAAGAGCCAACUAUACGAAAGUACCCAGCAGCGUCUGAAGCGCGAGCGUGCCGAACAGGAGAAAUUCGCCCAAUAUCAGACUCAAUCGCCCGCUGGCCGUUCUGCGGCCCUGGUUUUCGCUUUGGUUUUCUUCUCAACUGGCGCUUAUUACCUCGGAUCCCUCAAACCUGCAGCUCUCCCUGCGUCAUCCACGACACCCCUCUCCGAAGUCGAGGCUCCCAAACACAACGUUUCUACCUCUAACCUCCAGGCAGCAUGGGCUGAUUUUGUCGAGAUCCUGGGCAAGGAGAAUGUCUCCACUGUGAGCAGCGACCUGGAAUUGCAUUCUGGAUCAGACUGGUCUUCCUAUUCACCGAAAGACACGGAGAAACCCUUCUUGGUCCUUUACCCGUCAAGUACCGAGGAGGUUUCGCGGAUCAUGAAGGUCUGCCACCAGCGGGUGAUCCCCGUGACCCCGUACUCCGGUGGCACUAGCUUGGAGGGUCACUUUGCGUCUACGAGAGGCGGCGUGUGUGUUGAUUUCUGUCGCAUGGACCGAAUUUUAGCACUCCACAAACGUGACAUGGAUGUCGUCGUUCAGCCCGCGGUUGGAUGGGAGGAUCUGAACGAGGAGAUCGCCAAAGAUGGGCUAUUCUUCCCACCUGACCCGGGACCCGGUGCUAUGAUCGGCGGUAUGGUCGGAACCGGGUGCUCCGGAACGAAUGCCUAUCGGUACGGAACAAUGCGGGAGUGGGUGCUUUCGCUCACAGUGGUCCUGGCCGAUGGCACCGUUAUCAAGACUCGGCAGCGGCCCCGCAAGUCUAGUGCUGGAUACGAUCUGACUAAACUCUUUAUCGGCAGCGAAGGCACUCUCGGUCUGGUGACGGAGGCAACCCUGAAGCUGACGGUCAAGCCUCAGAGUGAAAAUGUUGCUGUUGCAAGCUUCGGGUCUAUUCAGAACGCGGCUGAGUGUGUGACCAAGGUCGUAGAAGCUGGUAUUCCUGUGGCUGGUGUCGAGAUUCUGGACGAUAUCCAGAUGAAGUGUAUCAAUGACAGCCAGACUACCAGCCGUCAGUGGAAGGAGUCACCCACCCUGUUUUUCAAGUUCACUGGCACACCAAAUGGUGUCAAGGAGCAGAUCAGUAUGGUGCAGAAGAUCGUGUCUAACACCGCAGGAAAGUCCUUCGAGUUUGCUCGUGGCCCGGAAGAGAGGGCAGAACUCUGGAGUGCCCGCAAGCAGGCACUGUGGAGUGUGAUGGCAAUGAAGAGGAGCCCGGACGACCACGUCUGGACCACCGAUGUCGCCGUUCCGAUGAGCAGGUUACCCGAUAUCAUGGAGGCCACCAAGGAUGAUAUGACCAAGCAUGGCUUACUGGCCGGAAUAUGUGGCCAUGUAGGAGACGGCAACUUCCACGCGAUCAUCCUGUUCAGUGACAGUGAGAAGGCAACCGUAGAGGGUGUCGUGCACCGUAUGGUGAAGCGUGCCGUGGAAAUGGAGGGCACUGUCACUGGUGAGCAUGGUGUCGGUCUCGUCAAGCGAGACUACCUUGAGCAUGAGUUGGGUGAAUCUACGGUGGACGCAAUGCGCCGACUGAAAUUGGCUCUUGAUCCCCUCCGCCUGCUCAACUGCGACAAGGUUGUUCGCACCGAGCAGCCGGCUCCCGGAGAAGUCAAGGAGUGGUAG